UAUCGUGACGAUGCCUGAACCAGCGAAGCCUGCGCCCAAGAAGGGCUCCAAGAAAGCGGUGGCGAAGGCCCCCGGUAAGGGCGGAAAGAAGAGGAGAAAGUCCAGGAAGGAGAGCUACGCCAUCUACGUGUACAAGGUGCUGAAGCAGGUCCACCCCGACACUGGGAUCUCCUCCAAGGCCAUGGGCAUCAUGAACUGCUUCGUGAGCGACAUCUUCGAGCGCAUCGCCGGUGAGGCCUCUCGUCUGGCUCAUUACAACAAGCGCUCCACCAUCACCUCCAGGGAGAUUCAGACCGCCGUCCGCCUGCUGCUGCCCGGGGAGCUGGCUAAACACGCCGUGUCUGAGGGCACCAAGGCCGUGACCAAGUACACCAGCUCCAAGUAAACGACUCUAAGGAGACAUCAAAGCAACGGCUCUUUUAAGAGCCACACACUUUCUCUAUGGAGACAAACUGUCCUGACUCUAAUGUCAUGUCCAUCAACAUUAAAACAGCCACUUUAAACUAACACCGUAACUGUGGUUAAUUAGAUCAUGGUUGAAUUUAAUAAUUGGGGAUCAUAUUGAAGUAGUUUUCUUGUCCCGUGUCCACAGGGACAAUAUAUUAUAAUGACGGAUGUAUUUUUAUAGUGCAGUAAUACACUGGUGUAUAGAGGCUGCCAAUGGUUAUCGAUUUAUGAUCUUUUUAGUACACAACAUACCCAUAUAUUAAUAGUCCACAUUAGCUCCAAAACAUCCAUUCAGAGCAGCGCACCUAAACACAACAAACCACUCUGUCCAUGGUCCUGAAACAAGGUAUCCAAUUUAGUUGGUUAAAAUUAUACUGUUAAAAAUUACAGCCUUUUUCAGACGUGGUUUUAUCUUUAGCUACAAGUUUGUAAACACGCCUACACAGGGUCAUUGUUGGAAAAACUAAUCAGAAUAGGGUUAGAGAGGUUUACCAAAAGAGUGAUUAUGAUUUGAAAGAAACUCUUAAAUCUGAAAAACUAAAUUGCUAUUAAUUUACACUUGAGCACUGGGUGUAAAUGAACAUAUGUGGACCCACCCAAGCAGGGCCUUAGAAAAGAUUUGAAAAACAAUCGUCAGGUGGGGGUUAAUUAGAUUUACUUUCAAACAAGAUCUAUUGAUAUUUGCAGAAAACAUUUAUUUCGCAAACCUUUUUUUUCUUAGAAAACACGUGGAGUUCAUGUAGCAGCCAUUUUCUGUUCAGCUUGAUGCUAACAAACUACUUUAGGAGAAUGAAAUGGUAUAAACAUUCUAAACCAUUUCCUCAGAUACAUUUGACAUAUAGUGGUUGUGACACAGGAAAUAUUAACAAGUUUUAAAUAUUCUAAAACUAUUAAACUUAUCUGACCCUUUCUGCCAUGGAUGCACUCUGCAUAGGUGGAAUAUGAGAAUGGAUCCUUCAGAGUGACUGCUGUCGCUAAUAUUGGCUGAUUUUAUUACAUUUUAAUGAAUGUCUAACGGUGUUCACAAAAAACUGGGAAACAACUUUGAAACCUUACGAAAUGUGCAGGUGUCACUAAAGAUCAAUUUUGCUCUAAUAGGAUAUAUACAUUUUUCUCAUGUGUAAAUAAGCUUGUUUUAAUCAUUAAAAAAUACUUGUAUCCAUUUUAUUGCAUAUGAAUAUCUGAAGCCUUCUCUGUGGACAUGAUGUUGUAAAUGUAGUGGGAAGACUGUGUGAUAGAUUUGAUAUAAUAAUAAUUCAAUUAAAUUGAAAGGGAUAAGAAUGUUCUAUUGUUAAUCCCUCAUAACAUCUACAAUUGAAAAAUAUUUUAAGUUUUUAACCGAAUAGCAGUUUCUACUGCAGGACGUGUUGUCCCAUGUGUCAAGAAUCAGUGAUCUGUGUUAUUCAUGAGGAGAAGGUGGUGAUAAUUGUAUUUGUAAAGAAGCUCAUGACAUCAUUGCUCCUCUGAGUUAGAGGAAUAGAUGGAUCAGUAGAACUAUGACUCUGUCAUUUCUCAGUGCUUUCUUGUUAUAUAUCAGGCUAUCUUUCCAGGCCAGGUGAAAAUCAUUUUGGUUGGUGGAACACCACUUCCUGUCCAGCUUCUGUGAUGUCUGUUUUAAAACACGUAUUUGAUAACUAUACCAUGGAGCUAAUCUCCUCUGGUUUACUCUCUUAUUGUUCAGCAGGGCGACAGUGUCAAGGGUUGUUUUGUUAUGAGGCUGCUGUACAUUUAACAAAGUUAUUAAUUAGUGUUCAUUCACAUGUUGAGUUAAAACAAUUGAGUCUACUAAUGAAUUAAAUGAUGAACUAAGACUGUCACUGGUAACAUAAAUGAAUGUUGAAAUCA